AUGCCGACCGAAACCGAGCGAAGACAGCUCGAAGAGCUGUUCGGGAGCUGGUCGAAAGACGAGGACCUUCCGGACGGGCCGGACCGACGCCCGUCACACCACCGCGGAGCGAGGCAACCCGGAUGCCCGAUCCGCCCCGACGACCCCCCCCCCGCGGGUUGGAACCGCCAUUCAGCGGUCCGACGCGGACCAAAGGAGAAAGGUCGUUCUCCUGAUGACGCCGCCGCCACCAGCACCGGAUCGGCGCCGAGGCAAAGGGCGAGGAACCCCGCCACCGAGGCCCAGGGCGACCCGUCCGACCCGGCCCACACCAGCCGCGUAUGCAGUCUCAACGGGAGCAACCGCGCCGAGACGCCUCGCCGUCGACCGACGACCGGUCAACGCGCCAGCAGCACCGCCACCGAGGACCAGCCCGACAACAACCCGACCGUUCCACGCGGUAGGAACUCGCCCCCCGGAAGCCAUCACGGUCAAGGUCGCAGCUGGAACCGUCCUCCGCGUACCACACCGAGCGGUCCAUGUCUCGAGGCGUCACCGGCAGUGGACCCCGGAAGGCCAAUGGACCCUCAGGUUCAAUGCCGACGGAACGCUACGGAGCAGCAGGCUACGCCGAACCACCACCCGAUUCGGCGCCCACACCGUCUAAGAGGGGGAGGGGGGUGA